AUGCCACACGAGCAACCAGUAAAAAUCGUCGAGCGCGGCGUCAAACGCCGCAGCGUGGCCGGGACCGCCGUGUUCCUCGGCCUGCGCUCGCUCGACAUCCCGCUGCAGUACAAGCUCCUGACUGGCGAGUGGAGCCUGCCGCUGCUGUCGCGCAUCGGCCUGCGCCCGUGCGCCGCGGCCCUGGCCCCGCGCACGACGACGGGGAUCGCGGCCGCCGACCGCCUGGGCUUGACCAACCCGACGCUGCUCCUGCUGGCCAUGGCGGUCGGCGCCGCCGCCAAGCAGUGCUACUGGCUCACGGCCAUCUGCAACGAAGAGUUUGGGCCGCGCGCGUCGCUCAUCAUAUCGGCCUUCAACACCGCGUUCAACAGCAUCAACUCCAUGAUGCUCAUGACGUCGCUGACGUCGGCGGCCAACGCCUGGCCCGGCCAGGUCGAGGGCAUCUCGGCGCCCAUGGCCGUGGGUGCGGUCCUGUACGUCACCGGCAUGUACCUCGAGGUCGUGUCGGAGAUCCAGCGCCGCGCCUUCAAGGAGAACCCCAAGACCAAGGGCAAGGUCUGCCGGACGGGGCUGUGGCGCGUCGCGAGGCACAUCAACUACGGCGGGUAUGCGCUCUGGCGCUCCGGUUACAGUUUGGCCGCGGGUGGUUGGAUCUGGGGUGCCAUGAGCGCUGCGUUCAACCUGUCGGCCUUUAUCGGUAGCUCGAUUCCGGAGCUGGGAUCGUAUAUGGAUAAGAGAUAUGGUCGCGAGUGGCAAGAGUACUGCGGCGAGACACGAUGGGUGAUUCUGCCGGGAUUCUACUAG